AAUUGGACAAUAUUCUAUGUGAACUUUCGUGAAUCUUGUGAGACAUUACGAAAAUGCUAUAAAAGAGGUUUUUGUAGCUUUAAAUUUACUUAGAGACUUGAUUCUGUGGAUAACGGCGAACUUGUAAAUAUAAUAAACUAGAAAUGGCAGACGAAGAAAUCAAUGGUGAUACAGAUGAUAUUCAGCAUGACAAAGACAAAACUCAAAAGAAAACCGCAAAACAUGAUAGCGGAGUGGCGGACUUGGAAAAAGUUACUGAUUAUGCUGAAGAAAUGGAAAUAUCCUCCCAAGACAUAUCAGGCGCACUUUCAUUAAUUGGAGACCGAAGAAACAAAGAAGCUGCUGAACGUUUAGAGAAAGAACAAGAAUUACAAAAAGUUUCAGUCAAAAAAGAUGACAUAGAGUUAAUUGUUAAGGAAUUGGAAAUCUCCAGAACGCUGGCAGAGAGAACAUUACGGGAACACAGUGGUGAUGUAGUUGCAGCACUGACUACACUAACUAACUGAUACGGGCAUAAUUGGCAUGCUCACCUCCUAAAACUGUUAAAAAUUUAUUGUUUAAUGAAUAGAAUUUUGUAUUUGCCAAAAAAAAAA